GGUUUGCUGAAGCUUCUGCACACGACUCGUAUUUCUCCUUGAACGACAGAAUGUCUGAGGCUGAAUUAUACACGCAGCACAAAGAGGUGUAUCUGCUUUCAGGGCUGCACACUCCACAAAGCCUGCAAUACUUUGAGGACUUCACGUUUCGCCACGAUGAUAUUGUCAUUGUAACAUACCCCAAGUCAGGCACAACUUGGAUGCAGGAAAUUGUCCCACUGAUCACGAGUGGAGGCGAUCCGGCCUCCGUUGAGUCUCUCCACAACUGGGACCGAGUGCCCUGGCUGGAGAUCUAUUCAUCCUGCAACCUUGAGCUAGAAAAAAGGCCGUCACCUCGCAUGUUUGCGACUCACUUCCAGUACAAAAUGAUGCCUCGAAGCUUCUUUGAAGUAAAACCAAAGGUCAUCUAUGUCAUGAGGAAUCCCAAAGAUGUGUUUACAUCUUACUUACAUUAUUCCAAAGUGGCCUCAUUCCUGGUGAACCCGGGCCCACAGAGAGAGUUCCUCCAAAAGUUCCUUGAUGGAAAAGUUCUUCAUGGUUCCUGGUUUGAUCAUAUCAAGGGUUGGCUGAAUGCUGAGGAUAAAGAUCGCAUCAUGUACAUCUCCUAUGAAGAGAUGAUAACGGACCUGAAGGACUCUGUGGCCAGAAUUGCUCAGUACUUGGAGAAACCUCUGGACGCAGAGGUGAUAGAGAAGAUAGCGGACCGAUGUUUGUUCGAGAACAUGAAGAAGAACAAAAUGUCAAACUACUCUGCUGUUCCUUCAGAAUUAAUGGACAGGACAAAGUCCGAAUUUCUCAGGAAAGGAAUAACUGGAGACUGGAAGAACCAGCUGACAGUGUCAGAGGCGGAGUACUUUGACACAGUUUACAAAGACAAAAUGAAGGAUGUCAAAUAUAAAUUUGUAUGGGAUCAAAAUGAAUUAGAUGAGCACACUGGAUGAUAAUCACCCCACUAUACAAUGAUUAACAAAAUAUGCAUUUUACUUAGAGACGGAUCAUUAGUAUUACUACUAUUACCCAUAU